GCCGGGCCAUGGGCUCUUCCUGCGGGCUCUUGCAUCAAAGGAAGCUUCUCAAGAUACCGAUUCACCAUCCUGCUUCACUGGAUAUUGCCCUCUGCUGCCAACUUCACUUGCCAACAACUCACCUUUUCGCCUGCUUUCUUGCCUCUUACAACAUACACAUCCAACUCUUCAAGCUGCUCGCUCCUCAUAUCCUCCUAUAAGAAGAAAAAAAAAAAUAAUAAACCAAAAAAAUAUAAAGGCAUCUCCGUCUUGCUUCUCUUGCUCCACAGGGAACCACUCUAGCCUGUGUUGUUAUCACCCUUUUCUUCCUCUUUUUUUUUUUUUUUUUACCUUGAUAUCAAAGAGACAGCUCAGAUCUUGAUACUUAUCCAGCUGUCAUCAUGAGCUAUGCCGAGCGUUUGAAUAUGCUCUUUGACGGGGAGGAUGCUGGCCUGUUGGGGAUAGACGUCGGCCUACGUGAGGUGAGGAUUGAUACUCAGGAUCAGUCGGGCCAGAACCAAGACCAGGCCCCAGAUUUGCCUCUGCUGGAUGUCGUAGAGGUCGAAGUUGCCAACCCCGGGGACAAGCAAGCUGAGGCCUCGUCAGACGACGCCACCGAGAUCCAGGCUGCGGAGCCGGAGAUGGGGACAGCAGCGUCCAAGGAAGAUAUCCCUGCCACAGAAGCCAGGCCACGCGCUGGAGAGACGACCUACUUCUGCCCCAUUGAAAUCCUGUCCACACCAUACAAGUACAUUGGGGGAAAAUUCCUGCAGCCGAUUGUGGACAGAUUCUACAAGAACGAAAAGUUCUGGGAGCGGAGAUGGGACUUGUACUCUGUUCGCGUGCCAAAACAUAUCUUAUGCAUGCCUUUUCUUUUUACCCCGGCAUCACAGGCCCAGGCGCUUAUCGAUGAAAUUAACGCAGAGUUUGGCUGCGAUAUCAGCCUCCCACUUGAGGAAGAAGCAGGGUUGAUCGUUCCAUUUACCCCUGACGGGACCCCCCAACCCAAGUACAUAGGAACUUCUACCACCCACGAGAUGAAACGCCAACUACAGAAAGAUGCUACCAUAUGGUGUAGUGAGAAUCCUAUCGAGUUACCGAAAGAAGAAGACGACGAAACUUUUGCCCAAUUCUGCAAAAGAAUGAAGAUCGUGUAUGAUGUCAAGUACAAAAAGCACAAGGGGACGAACAUAGGCGACGGGAAACAAGUGUAUAAAAUCCGCCGCUGGCACCGUCAGCUAAAACGAACUCAGUGCUAUCUGGGGCUGCGUCCUCGAAUUGCUCGAUGUGCUUCCAGGAAGACCCAGAUUGUUGAUAAUGCAACUUCUACACCCGCUAAGCCAGCAUUGGAACAGCAGCAGCAGCAACAGCAAGAGCAACAAGAGCAGACUAAUGAGGCUGCUACUGUUGCAAUUGGAACAGUUCUGGACCCGCUCGAUGUCGAAAGCCCAGCUCCCUUUGCGUUUGCAGAUGAGCCCAUCUUCAUCUGUAUCGACCUUGAGGCUAAUGAACGCAACCAUGCCCAGAUCACUGAGGUUGGAGUUUCUACUUUGGAUACCCUGGACUUGGUGGGAGUUCCACCGGGAGAAGGAGGCCGUAACUGGAUGAGCAAAAUCCGAUCCCGGCAUUUCCGCGUUGCUGAAUAUAAACAUUUCAGAAAUAAGAAGUUCGUACAGGGUUGUCCUGAUGAUUUCGCGUUCGGGAGCAGCGAGUUUGUUCGUCGCGUGUGUCUUCCCCAAGUGGUUGACGCAUGCUUCAAACCACCAUACUCUGGCCAUAUUGCCUAUAAUCAGCAACCGGUAAGUAUCGUUGUUGAGCCUCACCGUCCUUCAGCCGUUUACUUAUACCAGCUACAGAAAGACGGUUCCCAGGAACGCAGACGUCAAUCUCGUUCGCGGCAUUCUAGAGGAAGAAAUAGAAACCAGUCCCAAUCGCCAGAGGGAGGCGUCAAAUUGCCAUCCGAGCCCAGUAACUCCCCUGGGAAGAGAGGGCGGAGCAGACGGCGCAAACAAUGGUCUCCCUCUCCCGGCACAGAGCCCAGCUCCUCUCGAUCCCCUGGCCAACAACACCAACGACAUCCAGCCCGGACUCCAAGCCCAACCAUACCAGAAUAUAAAAUGAGACCACGCAAGCUCAUCCUGGUCGGCCACGCCUUGAACGGCGAUAUCAAAAACCUGUCCAAUAUAGGCUGUGACUUCUUCGACAUAGAAACGUACCGCGAGCGGUCCGGCGACGAAUUCUCGACACUAUCAAAAUUUCACGACGCAGCGGAUACAGCUAACCUCCACCGCAUAUUAAAACGUGACUACGAUCCUCCCGGCCUGAAGGACAUCUUGAAGGACCUGGACAUCAUGCCCUGGCACCUCCACAACGCCGGCAACGAUGCACGCUACACUCUCGAGGCGGCGGUGGGUAUAGCCGUCCAGAUCACCAAAGCUGAAGCCAGGGCUGAGAGCGAGCGUGAUGCCAUUCGGUUUAGAGAAUAUCCAGACAGCGAAAACCCUUCCGUGGUGGUUUCACCUCGGUCAAGCGACGAGGAUCUGCAUCGGCGCCGGGAAGUGGAGCGCCUAGCUAAAAAGCCGCGGCGCAAGCGGCGCAAGAAGGACUCCGAAAUCGAGAUUGAGUGUGAUAUAUGGGAGGAUGGGAUGGGCUGGGGUGCGCCUCGGAAUAGGCAGAAAGACGACAUGGACGGCGGCCUGCCGUCCGACGUGGAGUACCCAAUCAAUUAAUACCCCUGCUCUUGUCUACUGCAUUUACUAUUUACUACUGACCUGACGAUGGACGGAUUAACGUCCCUUUACUUUCUAUUGUCGAUAUCUUUAUUACUUACUUUACUUAACUAGUCACCCUGGACAGUGAGACGGCAUAUUCGCCCUCACAUACCCAAAGAACUAAUUAGAUAGAAC